AUUUUGAUCACAUGACUCAAAGAUGGCAGCAUCCAACUUGAAGUGGUUUGUGUUGCUUUUUGCGUUCUCCUUUAUUGGCUCAUGUCUGGCGGUGGACAGUGUUCGACUGAUGAUUCUUGGGGACUGGGGAGGUCUUCCAACAAUCCCCUAUCACACUGCCAUAGAAGUGGGCGUGGCCAAACAAAUGUCUGCUGUGGCUAAAAAGUAUGGCCCACAGGCUAUCCUGGCUCUUGGAGACAAUUUCUACUUUGAUGGAGUAAAAGAUUCAAAGGACAAAAGAUUUGAGGAGACGUUUGAGAAGGUAUUCGCUGCCCAGUCAGGACUGGACAACAUUCCGUGGAAUUUAGUCGCAGGUAACCAUGACCACAAUGGAAACGUGGCUGCACAGAUUGAAUACUCAAAGCGCUCCAAAGUCUGGCGAUUUCCCGACUACUACUAUUCUCUGACAUAUAACAUCCCUGGAGGGGGUGUGGUCCAGAUCCUAAUGAUUGACACGGUGCUGCUGUGUGGGAACACGGGACACGAUUUCCUACACGACCAGCCACACGGACCUGUGGACCUUAAAGCUUCAGAUGACCAGCUGGCCUGGAUCACACAGAACCUGAAAAACAGCAGUGCUGACUAUCUGUUUGUGGCUGGACAUUUUCCUGUGUACUCCAUUGCUGAGCACGGCCCCACCCAGUGUCUGAUUGACAAAGUCUUACCACUUCUCCAGCAAUACAAGGCGGUGUAUUUGUCCGGCCAUGAUCACAACCUGCAGCAUCUUCAAGUCUCAAGACCUGGCCUGACUAUGAACUUCUUUGUGAUUGGAGCAGCUAAUUUUGCUGAUGAAAGCAACGCUCACGCAAAAGACGUACCCUCGGGGUCAUCCAAGUUCUUCUGGGCCAAGGAGCAGGAUCUGGGAGGGUUUGCUUACAUGGAAAUCACAAAACAGAAUGCUACUUUCACUUUCAUUGAUGGUGUUGGAAAAAAUCUGUAUCAAAAAUUACUGCUGCCACGCAGAUCCCCAUGAACCAGUUAUAUUAACGUUUAGUGGUGGGGGUAGCGUCAGUCAAGAUAAAUGAUAGCAUUAUUUUUUAUGAAAUGCUGGUGAUUCAUUCCAAUUUGUAAAUGUGCCAAAAAUCAUUUUUUAUGUACGGUAAAACAUGUAGAGUAAAAUUCAGUUAUAAGGAAGACACUGAGGCCUCACUUUUUGCUUCCAAAAAAACCAGAUUUAUUUUUAUAUAUGAAACAUUGGGAAAGAUAUUCUGUUACAUUCAUAAGAGAUUCCUUCUAACCAAGAUUUUUUAUGUGUUCUUUAUAAGCGAGUUUGACUGUACAUGUACCGGUACAUGAACUUAAAUUUUAUUUACGAGUUCAGCUUUUGUAAUGCUUAUCAAGAUAAUGUAUCAUAAUUAUAGUAACACUAUGCAAUACAUUAACCACAAUCAGUUAUUUUGUUUACAAUGACACACAUUAAUGUGGCAUUAUCUGCACUAUGUACUUAAAAUUGUCACAAAUUAUUUAUCUGUGUUUGUUUUUAGGUCACUUGAUCAGUGGGCAAAUUUUAUGUCAGCAUACUCUUACAUGUAUAUAAAGAUCAUGAAAUUGUUGAUAUUGUGACCUAUUACUUAAUUUUUAGCUUUAUUAUUGUUUGUUAGUGAUGAAUGUCAGGUGAGUGCAAUAGCCCAUUGGCCCAUAAGCUUUAAACCAAUGAGUGUAUUAGGUUGUUGUCCAUUUACACAAUUGUGCCAUGUGAAAAAUUAUAUAUAACUCUAUGCAGUUUUAAUACAUGUACUCCAUGUAAUAAUGUUAAUAUGUACUUAAUCCUUGUUAUAGUUAAUUUUAAGGUAAUUAAGGACUGCACAUAAAGAGAAUUGUGAUUAAUUAUCAGUUGUAAAAUAACAUUUAACUGUCAUCAUCAGCUGUAGCUGUGAUAUCGUGACAACCAACUUUUUAUCGAAUAUUUAUAUCUUUAUCUGCACAAUCUUAUUCAUACUACAUAUUAAUGCCAUUAUAUGCACAUUCCUAUACACGAGUAUAUGAUUGCUGAGAUAUUCUAUAUUUGAGAUUCAUUUUAAUAUAUACAAUGUCGUAUACAAAUUGUCCUUAAAGGGCCAUGUGCAAACAUUUUGUCAAUAAAUCAAAUCAAAGAAUCACCA